AUGGAUGAUUUAAAAUCAUCAAAGAAACGCAAGGCUUGUGGAGCAUGUGGCCCAUGCCUUAAGAAGGAAAACUGUGGAUCUUGUAAAAAUUGCCUUCACCGUAAAACCGGGCAUCAAAUUUGUAUUUAUCGAAAAUGCAUCCGUUUGAAAAAGUCAAAUGGAAAUCAAAAUGACUACGAUACUAGUGAUUCUCUUCCGUCGCCUGGUAAUACAACUCAUACCGUCAGAAACGUUUCUAAAAAAAAGAAGACUAUCCGUGAUCUUGUUAAAGGGUCAGGACGCUGUUCGUCAAAAGCUUUCGCUAAGAAGAAUCAAAUUAGCCGUAAAAUUAAGAAGAAAAGAUUGCAGAAAAUGCAAUCUUCGAAAUCAGUUAAAAAAGAGCACACCGAUCGAAGAGAACCUGAUAUGAUGGAAUGCGAUAGUAGUAGUAUGCAGACGCAAAGAUUAUAUUCUCAGUCUGAAAGAAAGAAACGUAAAUCAAGAAAAACAAAAUCGGUGUCAUAUGCGGAAGAGCAGCAUGAUCAUUUAGAUUACAAUUGCCAAUGUCAAGACGAAGACGGAGCUCCUUUUUACACCCAGUUAGGAGUUGCAGGAAGUACUGAGGAAUUACGCGAAAUGUUAAGAGACAGGUUUCGGAUAGAUGAAUCUAAGCUUCGGGUUAUAGAGGUUGAAUAUACCGGAGUUGAGUCAAAAACAUCAGAUGGAUGUCCGAGAGCUGAAUGGGCGAUUAGACGCAUAUCUAAAUCCGAGAAAUUAUUGGCCUUGGUUCAUCGCCGUCGUGGCCAUACUUGUAAAGCGUCUGUAGUGCUGAUGGCUAUUGUUGCGUGGGAUGGCAUUCAUCCUGAUCGUGCUAAUGUCCUGCAAGACUGCCAUUGUCAAGGAACUGAUAACCAGAGAGAAGGAGCUGCUUUUACUUUGGGAAAUAUGUACCAAACGGAAGACGAUGGUUUAAAAAUCAUCUUGAACGCUAGUGCUUAUCAACUAGCUGAUAGCGCGAAGGAACAAGAAUUAGCAGAAGCCCUUGAAUCUUUGGCAGCUGAUUUAGCUCCUGUUUAUAAAAAAUUUGCCCCUUGGGCAUAUAAUAAUCAGAUCAAGUAUCAAGAAAACUGUGUAGGCAAAAGCAUAAAUGAAGAAAAAAAUGGUCCCUUUUCUGGAGUUAUAUGCUCGUUGGACUUUUGUGCACAUAACCAUGUUAAUACUGAGGGCCUAGAUGAUGGAGCAUCGAUGGUUUGUACUCUCUUGAAAGAUCCUGAAGAUGAAAAUGUCAAGAACCAACUCCAUAUUUAUCCUAUGUACCGGCCAUUAUCCAGAUCAUCAACAACAAAUAUAAAUGAUGAUAGCAUUCUUUCGCCUUAUGAUAUGAGUGAGAUAGUAGGAAAUGGAUUAGGCGAUUCUACGUCGUUUUUACAAAACUCUGGAAUUGAUGAAUUUGAAUCUGCAUUACCUGCUGGUAUAGAAAGGGUACAUACUACCCUAGAUAGCGACAGUGCAAUAGGGAUUGGCACGAGUGGUAUAGGGUUAACAUUACCUCAUGGAUCAUUAUUAAUUGAGUGUAGUAGUAAAGAAGUUCGGGCUACCACUCCAAUACAAAGCCCCGACCGCUCACAUCCCCAACGGAUAACUAUGACUUUUUUUCACCACAAAACGUUGAAAGCAAGUCAACGCGAACUUUUACGUCAAAAAGAAAUUAAAUUUCGAAAUCAACAACAUCUUUAUAAUAAUACUGGUAAAACUCCUUUACGAGCACAUACUAGCGGUAAUAAUCCAUUAAAUUAUGGCAAUACAUCAUUUCCGUCAAGCAUGAAACGUUCUGUAGGCCCAUAUCCGACUACUGAUUCAAAAUUUAGAAUUUUUGAUUUGAAUCAUAGAAAUCAAGUUCUCACUGGACUGACAACAAAUCAGCAGGCCAUUUCUAGCACUGAUAAUACUACAACUUGUGAUAACAUUAAAAUUUAUACUAGAGGAAUUUUCACAUUGCCAACUAGUACUAACACUCUUGUAAAGUCAAUAGGAGAUACAAAACCGGUAGUAAGUGGGCCCUAUCAGCGUUGGUUUCGCCCAUAG